GUCAGCGUCUCUGGUGCCGAACAGUUAUCUGACGGUAUACACGUGUAGCACGACCUGAAACCCCUCCUCUUCUUCUCACCUGAACAUCAUCCAUAAUCCUCAUAUUGUUCUACCCAUCGAGCACUCAGCCCAUCCCAAAUCCUCUUCGUCGUUUCCCAUCAUCAUGACCAGUAGUUGGGAAGGCCAAUCUAUCAGACUUGAAGUUGUUGGUGGAAAAAAAAUCAGUGUCCCCUCUGGGCGGAUGCCGGCAGGCAUUUACGUGUCUGUCAAUGUCAACUCAAAGAAAUGCUGGAAAUCGGCUGUCCGAGUGCUAUCAUCCGACAGUUUUGUAGUGUGGGGCGAUACCGUAACCUUAUCCCCAGAUGUGUCACCUAGAUUAUCGGUGGAAAUUCGGGCAUCUUUUGAGCUCGGCCGAAUGCUAGGUCGUGGAGAACUCGUUGGAAAGCUUGAAAUAUCGUGGGAAGGGCUGCUCGACCGUGAUGACGAGCCUUUCGAUCUAUCAUUUCCGCCCAUCCGAGGUGUCUGCCCUUGUCUCACGUUGAAAGUCGCUUCUGUGACUGCUUGCGCAAAUGAUGGCAGUCGACUGUUUGAAUCCAUCGAUGACUGCAGGAUUGCUCGAGACACAGAUGUGGGCCGCAUACGAUUAUCCGAAUACAUCAGAGGCAAGGGCGGGGUCCAUAUCCUGGACGAUGCUAUGAACUAUUUCGAGUUAGUUCUGGACCAGUGUCCGGUUGAUCAUCCGGAUCAUGCAGCGGCUCUCACCAAUCUUGCGUGGGCCCGCCUUCAAGGGUAUAUCCACAAGGAUCUUCGAGGCAUUUACAUUGCUACCUCUCUAUUAUGUGAUGCCCUUGCACUGCGUCCACGAGGCCACCCCGAUCGUCCAAUUUCUCUCUAUUAUCUUACCGAAGCAUUGAUUUGGCGCUACAGCUAUCAUGCCACCACCGUCGAUAUCUUCAAAUCUGCCCAACUCUGUUACGAGCUACUGCCUCUCUGUUCCGAAGAUACCUAUCUUCGUAACAUUGUGAUCGGCAAAAAUGGUGUCGAUUAUGUGAUACGAGCAUGCAACAAUCUUCCCGUAGACGCAUCCGAUGAAGGCAUCUGCCUUCGACGACUCGUGCUCGGGCUAUGUCCUCUGGGCAAUCAACACAAUCCCGGCGCCCUCGACAAGCUUGCAAAGACAAUAAAAGCACGCUUUCAACAAUGCGGCAGCUUUGAUGAUCUAGAUCAAAACAUACAAUUUGGUCGUGAAGUCGUUUCUAUGUGCCCCGAGGGAUAUCCCAACCGUGUUACCUACUUGAUCAACUUGGCCGUGUCCCUCUGUCGCCGCUUCGAUCACCGAGGGAAUUUUCACGACCUCGACGAGGCCAUCUCUCUAUAUGAAGAAGCGCUAUCUCUGCGCCCUGUUGGGCACGAAUAUCACGAUGCGUCAUUGGAUGGCCUGGGGCGCGCCCUCCUCGCCCGUUUCAAUGAAUGCAGUGACAUUGAUGACAUAAAUAGAGCUACCGGCCUCUUUCGCAAGGCACUGGCGUCAUGCCCACCUGGGCGUCCAAAUCGUGACACCAGGCUCAACAACCUUGCCGCCGCGCUCAUAACUAGACAUGAUAAAUUGCAUGCCAGCGAUGACCUUGAUGAGGCCAUCGAUCUGUGCCGCAAAUCGCUUCUGUUGCUAAAGCAGGAUGAACAUCCAGAGCGCCAUAAAAAUCUAUUCAAUUUGAGCAUGGCACUCUGCUCUCGUUUCGCGCAAACACGGAAGAACGAAGAUAUUGAGGAGGCCAUCGGUCUCUGUCAACAUUCAUUGGUGGCCUUGCCACCACUACACCCGGACCGUUAUUUCAGCUACAAAUGGCUGAAGGACGCCUAUUUGUCUCGUUAUCGGAUCCUACCCAACGCUGUUGAUUUGUCGCUUGCAGUGGGGAACUUCAGAUUGGCUUCGAAACACCCCACUCAGGGAUUUCCGGAACGCAUCAAGGAGGCUAUCCAAUGGGCUCGCCAAUCAGAAGUCUAUGAACAUGAAUCUGCCCUUGAAGCGUACCAAACAUGCUUGGACCUUUUCGACAACCACGUGGCGCGAUCCUCUAUCAUCUUAAGGCGCAAUGCUGCAACCGCCUUUGAUGGCGCACAGUCCCUACCAAUAAACGCAGCAUCGUGCGCUAUUCGUCGUAAUGAUCUGCAACGAGGAGUUGAAUUUGAGGAGCAGGGUCGCGACCAGCAAUGGUCAUUGGCCUCUCGACUCAAGACUCCACUGGACGACCUCAAGUCCGUCAAUAUCCCACUAGCUGACAAACUCUCGGAGCUCAGCAAGUGCUUAUCUGAUGCUCAGAAUUCUACGGGAAGUACAGACCGGGCUGUUGCUGAUCGUGCAGCAAUGGCGUACAAGAGACUUACGGUGCAAUGGGAAGCUGUAGUGGCUGAAAUCCGCAAUUUGCAAGGUUUCUCGCGGUUCCUGCUCCCGCCGUCGUAUGAAGAUUUGCAAGUAGCAGCGCGCCGCGGUCCAGUCAUCAUUCUCAUUGCUAGCGAAUACUCCUGUAAUGCCAUCAUUGUUUCAGCCUCAGGGCAGCCCCACCACGUUCCCUUCCCGUCUCUCACUCUCACAGAUCUGGAGAUGCUCAAGAAGCAUUUCGCGAGCGUGAUACGGGACUCGGCUCGCAUUGGCUCAAAAGAACCAAGGACAGCGCUGAUAGUAUUGCUGCGGACGAUAUGGGAUGAGGUCAUGUUACCUAUUGUCAAUGUACUACAACGUGAUCUGAAGUUGCCGAGUCGCUCUCGAAUUUGGUUGUGUCCAACGGCAGCCUUCACAUCCAUUCCUCUCCACGCAGCUCACCCAUUUCGAAUGAAUGCAGAUCGCCCUGGGCGGGAACCAUGCCUGGAGGAUUUCUACAUUUGCACUUACAUUCCAACACUUUCUGCUCUGAUCAGAGCUCGACGAACGAUGACGACACAUGUUACUCCUUCCUUCGCGGCAAUCGGACAAGAUCGACCUGGCGCAGGGCAAGGCACGGCCCUCGCUGCUGUCGACAGCGAACUUGAGCUUGUCCAUAAACAUGUUCCUCCCGGUGUCAAGUUCACUCAUCUUUCUGGCGACAAAGCUACACAAACCGGCGCACUCGAAGCUUUGCGAUCCAACACCUGGGUGCAUCUCGCUUGCCAUGGCAAGCAGGACAGUGAACAUCCCUCCAACUCACGUUUCGCCAUGAGAAAUAAACCUCUCACGCUGCUCGACAUCAUGGAGAACGAUGCACCGCAAGCCGAAUUCGCAUUCUUGUCGGCGUGUCAUGCCUCCUAUGGCGACGAGAAGAUACCCGACGAGGUCAUUCAUCUCGCAGCUGGCAUGCAGUUUUCGGGGUUCAAGAGCGUCAUUGGCACUCUUUGGGAGGUCGAUGACGCUAUUGCGAAACAUGUUGUUGAAGGUUUUUAUGAGAACAUGUUCAAGAAUUUGGACCAGGGUGUCAUGGACUAUACGAAGGCGGCUUGGGCGCUCAACAAGGCUACUUACGCAGUGAAGAAGAAAGUGCCGCUUGAGCAGAGAGUUGGUUACAUUCAUAUUGGACUGUAGUUCCCUAGCUUCUAUGACCUAUUGCUUUCAUCUGGGACGGUGAUGAUGUCAGAUUCUCUACCAUUUGAACAAUUCACAAUGUACUUCAAGUUGUCGCCGUACUA